GUGAAAUGAAAAAAAGCAACGAAAAAACAAAGAAUACCACACAAAAACAAAGAAAACAAAUACCAAAAUAUAAAGAAAAAAUACAAGACGAAAAUAUUCGAUAAGAAUUAAUGUGCAAUUACACGGAAAAUAAACGAAAUAAACAAAAUAAAAUAAACAAAUAAACAAAAAAGAAGAAAAACAACAAUUGCUUUGGAGGGGACAAUAAAAAGGCAGGAGGAGACAAACAAAAGGCGAAUUGAACAAUAACAAGUGGAAAAAUAUUUAAAAGUGAAAUCGAUCAAAUCAUUAUUGUGUGACUGUGUCGUCGCAGUAAUUGCUUAAUGUGAACAGCGGAUACUUUAACAUCAAAGCUUUUUACAGUCUUGACUUGUCCAUAAAGAUUUAAAGAAAUCAACUAUUAGCCAUUUCAAAUCAAAAACAAAAAUUGAGAAGGAGUACUAAAUACCUGUCUAUGACCAUGACACCAGCCAUUGACAAAAUUCCCUUAAAGCAGGCGGAAAUCGCUGUGCGAAGAUUUAAUGACAUGGCCAUUCCUCAUCAUUUGGGCCUGCUGAAAAACCAUCACAGCAACAUUGAGAAGAGCCUGGCCUUGGGCGAUUGGAACAAAAUCAAAAAAGAAGAAAUCAAUGCCAUGCGGGUAAUAAAACAAAUUAAAAAUCUCCUACUCGAAAUGGAUGCGCUGAGAGAAAAGGUGCGGGAUGAUGAUUUGGAACGCUUCGAUGUCAUGAUGGAGGAGGGGAAACAAAAGGCAUUCGAUGGCAUGAAAGAAUAUUUGGAAUUACAACUGAAAUCUCCUACAAACACAUUACGCUCCCAAGGUCCCUACGAAGAAGACGAUGUGGAACAACAUUUAAAUGACACCGUUGAAAUAGGCCAAACCCAGGCGUAUCAUCAAACACUACCAGAAAUACGCACUAAUUUCUCACAAGAGGAACACAUUUUAGCACAACGACAAUCCUGUUUUGAGGAAUUGCAGAAUUUACAAGAAGAAAUACGAGAUUUAAAUGGCAUGUUUCAUAAUAUGGGUGAACUAGUUCACCAGCAAGCCGAAAGUGUGCAAGCAAUAGCAGAUAAUGCCGAAGAAGCUCUAGAAAAUGUCCAGGCCGGGGAGAGUGCAUUACGCAAAGCACUGUCCUACAAGAAGGCAAUGUACCCUGUAAUGGGAGCCCUGUUGGGUACUUGUGUUGGUGGCCCAAUUGGUUUGGUGGCUGGCCUUAAGGCUGGCGGUUUGGCUGCUGUGGGAUGUGGUAUUUUAGGUUUUACAGGCGGCAGUGUUUUAAAAAGUAAUCCCGCCAUACUGCAGGGUAACAUUGAAGAAGAACAGCAGGCAACAUUGGAGAAUUCCGAACAAACACAGGAAGAAAUUGAAAUGACCAAAAAGGAAGACUGACAAAUGGAGAAUUAUCAUCAUCAACCAAUGACAGUGUGGUCGGCAGCAACGCGUCAGCUAAUGAAUUUUCAGGGAACGACUGCAAAUCGUUUGGACCCAGUGGCUCAGGCCACCACCGGUGUAUUGUGCAGUGUUAAAUCUUAUUGUAGCCUACAGUAGAUCAAAUAACCAUGCCGUGUUUGCAAUUUCUACUAUGGAACUAAUGUUUUUUUUACAAUUAAUUUUUGAUAUUAGCCUCCUAAGUCAUAUUUAUUAUAUUACAAACAUACAAAAAAACAAGCGAGUUACAUACAUACAAAGCAGACGAA